UAAAAUUUCAAGCAAGCAAAUCAAAAUUUGUAGAUUCAGAAAAAAAUAAAUAGAAUCAAAUCGGGUCACUGCCAAAUCAAACAAUUGCAAUCGCACACAUAGUAUACGAGUAUAACGCAAAUAACAAGUAAAACAAGUUUUCGUUUUUGGAAACAAUCAGAACGCAGAAGUACGCAAGUAGUGAAUAAAUUGGUCGCAAAUUGUGCAAAUAUCAAAAAAAGAACAAGAACGACCAAAAGAAAAUAAAAAUCAGAGUAAUAAAAAAUAUACCCAAUAAUAAUUAUACGCGUCGGCUGCCAUAUACAAAAAAAAAGAUACACACACACACACACACGAUCGCGACGCCGACAAGUCAAGUGAAUCAGCAUCUGAUCGUCUCGCCCAGCAACCAACGACGUACAUAAAAAUCGAAACCAAAACCAAUAUCCAAAUUCGAAACUACAUAUUACAGCACUAUACUGCCCAAUCCAUAUUGUAAUCAGAGCUUAGGCGACGGAAAUAAGAGUAAACAAAAUCAGAUACGGCCACAAUAUGCAGAGCGAUUUUCACAGAAUGAAGAACUUUGCCAAUCCCAAGUCCAUGUUCAAAAACACUGCAGUCGCUGCCAACAAUGAAUCGGGCAAUACUGUCGGAGCAAACACAGUCGCCCCCGGACGUCCAGAUUCAACAACGCCUGCAACUGUUGCUGUUGCCAAAGAUGAGGUGAAGACGAACGAGCCCACAGAUGAGAGUGUACGUACGGAGCAUUUGUUUAAACACCCGCUGCAGAACACUUGGACCUUGUGGUAUUUGGAAAACGAUCGCACCAAAUCUUGGGAGGAUAUGCAAAAUGAAAUAACGAGCUUUGACACUGUCGAAGAUUUCUGGAGCCUUUACAAUCACAUUAAACCGCCAUCAGAUAUUAAAUUGGGCAGCGAUUAUUCACUCUUCAAGAAGGGAAUACGUCCCAUGUGGGAGGAUGCUGCCAAUAAGCAAGGUGGUCGUUGGGUGAUCACACUAAACAAGAACUCCAAAAACGAUCUGGAUAAUUUGUGGCUUGAUGUGCUUCUCUGCUUGAUUGGCGAGGCCUUUGAUCAUUCGGAUCAAAUAUGCGGUGCUGUUGUCAACAUACGUGGCAAGAGCAACAAAAUCUCAAUUUGGACAGCAAAUGGCAACAAUGAGGAGGCCGCUCUAGAAAUCGGCCACAAGUUGCGCGAUGCUUUGCGUCUGGGACGCCAAAACCUCUUGCAGUAUCAGCUGCAUAAGGACACUAUGGUGAAGCAGGGCUCCAACGUAAAAUCCAUCUACACUUUGUAAACAAACAAUUAAGUAUCGAGUAACGCUCGCUAAGCUUUUUUGUUUACGUCAACAAUAAUUGGCUUUGUGUUUGUUUGGCUUCAGAUUAACAUCAUAGCCCUGAGCAACGAAAAUAUUGAGCCAAAACACAAUGAUUACAAUACUUGUUAUAAAAAAAUAUUGGCUGAGUAUCGACAGUCACAUUUUGUAUUCAAUAUCAAUUUAACGAUAACAUUAUGUAAUAGAAUAAUAAAAAUAUUUUAAAAUCGUA